UGACGUCCAUAAAACUCACGAACUUCCCUCCGGUGUAAGUGAACUUAUCAAAAAUCAGAACUGAGGCUCAACGAAGGAAACCAAAAGUUACCGCAAUGGCUGCAGAAAUCGUCAUGAACGCCACUAUCCCGGUCCACCCGUAUUUCCCCGCGGAGGCUGUGCUCCCCGGCUACGUUGCCAAUACGUUUGGCGCGCAUGCUCUUCGUGGGAUGUUUGCCGCAGGGGCAACCGCCAUCCUUGUGCCGACGUAUCGCAUCAUCAAGAGGACGAGACCAAACCUCCCUAACGGUGAAGUUGCCACGGCAUUAUGGUUCACUCUCAGCGCAUUCAUCCAUCUCUUCUUCGAAGGCUACUUCUCAUACAACCAAUCCCGCAUGCCAGCAUCCCUCCACAUCUUCGGCCAGCUCUGGAAGGAGUACUCCCUCUCCGACUCUCGCUACCUCACCCAGGACUCCUUCAUCGUUUGCAUGGAGACUAUCACCGCCUUCUGCUGGGGUCCGCUGUCCUUCGCGUGCGCCUACUUCAUCGUCACCAGCCACCCCCUCCGCCACCCGCUGCAGAUCAUCAUCAGUCUCGGUCAGCUCUACGGCGACGUUCUGUACUUUGCGACAUGCUCAUUUGACAAGCUUGUUGCCAAGAUGAUCUACUGCCGACCUGAAGACUUUUACUUUUGGUGUUACUACGUUUUCUUCAACGCCUUUUGGAUCAUCAUCCCCUUUUAUCUUAUUGUUAAAAGCUGCGCGGAGACGAAGCAGGUCUUUGCAAAGGUUGCCGAGUUGGAGAAGAGCCCUUCGAAGAAGGACCUAUGAUCCUUGCUCGAAGAGGAAAUGGCUUGACAUCGGUGCUCGAAGAAUGCAUGCACCGGUUUCUUUUUAGACUGUGAUUGAUGAUGAUCGGAUACUUCGUCACUUCAAUUGAGUUCUCUCAAGGCCCCCGAAAAAUACACGUAGCGAAGACAAGUAAGGUUGUUGACGUCGCAAAGUCGCCUGGCGUUAUGGAAAGACUUGAUCCGGCAAUUCUUAAAAGGAGAGCCAUCACAGGCUUUUGUUAACUGCAAUGAUAAAAAUUACUAUUUCUCUAUUAUUAGUUAUAUCUAUGUGCUCAUAAUCUCAUAAUUCAAUUUCAUGUUUCAACCCACUUAAGGGGCGAACCUGAACAGCGUCUCAAGCUGCUCAGAGCUGUAGCCAGAGUAAAGCGCAAGCUGCAACAGAAUGCGCGACUUCUGGGGGUUCAGG